AUGGGCUGUGGGGCGUCGACUACGCAAAAGCCAACGACGGUGGCCCCUGAGUGGAACGUUCCCUUUGAGAAAAAGGAGGUAAAGAAGAAUGAGAAUUUUGUGGACGAGUUUGAAGAAACCACAAUGCAACCGCUGCCUGAGAAGAAUUCGUUUGAAAAAAAAUUCAAAAUUGGGGCACCGACCUUUGUCAGUGAAGAUAUUACACCCUGCUUUGAUAACGGACUCCUCUACCGUAUUGCUAAGGAUGAUGUGUGGGCGUUUUACAAUGACACACGCAACUAUGAGAUGCACGUGGAGUUUACGUUUAGCAGAACCUCUUUGAUUCGAGCAAUAGGCAACACAAAGGUUAACCAGGUGGAGUCGAGCGGUGAAUAUGUUGCAGAGACAGUCGUGUACCCCACAGAGACGGUCAUGUAUGUGAAGGGCUCUAUUGCAGGCUUUAAAAGCAAAAUCAAGGCACUUCCAUUAUCAGAGGAAUAUCUUCAGGGAAGGGUUCGAUCGUGCAACUUGUUAAUAGAACCCGAGAUGAAUAGAGUGAAGGAAUUUGCUGUGGACUUUCCCACGGAUGAUACGAUCCUUGCCGAAUGUCUUGAGAGGGAUAUACCCUUUAUUGACAUGUAUUUCCCACCCAAUCAGGAUUCCAUCGCAAAGGGAUCGGACCGACCCAUGAAAACGGUGCCUUGGGCCCGCCCAAACAUGUACCUUCCAGACAGUUACGCCCCAUUGGUGCGUCUAUUCCGCAACAAGAUCAGCCCCAUGAGUGUUGAUGCGGGGGAAUUGGGGGAUAGUUGGUUGGUAUGCGCCAUUGCUGCUCUUGCGGAGUACCCAAAGAUGGUGCGGGGUAUGUUUCAUCACCCCCGAAAAGCUGAACUCACAGCAAAGGAGCGAGCCAUUGGGGCAUACCGUGUGACCUUAAACAAGAAUGGUUGGUGGACAAAUGUCGUUGUGGAUGACUACUUGCCCGUCCUGGGUGGAAGGGUCAAGUAUGCCAGAUCGGUGGAUGACCCCUGUGAGAUGUGGAUAUCCAUCUUGGAAAAGGCUUAUGCCAAGCUUCAUGGCAGCUACGCAAACAUCAUUGUUGGUGACCCAUUACUUGCCUUACAGGACCUUACAGGUUGUCCAACGACACGCUAUGAUGAAUCUUUUGCGAGUGAUGUGGAAACGGGAGACACGGAGUUGAUUGAGCGUCUGGAGCGUUAUCACCGCAGUGGAUACAUUAUCAGCAUUAACACACCCGUUCGAGACCCUCAGGACGAAGAGAAGGAGAAAAAAUAUAAAGAAAUGGGCCUAAUGAUGGGAUAUAUGUACACAGUAAGGAAGGUCCGCCAUUUUAAAUCGGAAGAAAUUUCUCUUUUGCAGAUCCGCAAUCCAUGGUCUUCCGAUGUGGAGUGGAAGGGGGACUGGAGCGCUAACGAUUCCAAGUGGUCGCAAUAUCCAGAUAUUGCUAAGGCGUGUGAUCAGGGUGAACCAGAGCCCGGUACCUUCUGGAUGUCUUGGGGUGAUGUUCAGAAGUACUUCAAUGGCUGCGGUGUGGUUUUUCUUCGUUCAUCUGGUAUGGAUUGCCGAGUCAAGGGUAACUUUGUCAAGGGUAUUCCCGAUGUUUGUGUUCAGAUCACCGUAAAGAAGAAGAUGGAGCUUGGAUGCACACUUUCCCAACGCGAUCAUCGGGGCACGCGAAAUUUACAUGACGAUUAUCCGCCUAUUAUGAUGACUCUAUGCAGCGGUCGAGGUUCUGUGGAUACCAUGCAGGUGGAAUAUAAUACCAACCUGGACGCCGAUAACCCCACCAAUCAAUUCACUUUUAUGCAGAGUCGUGAUGUUGGUAUGUUGUGCACCCUCACUCCGGAGUGUUCUCCCUACUUUCUCUUGCCUCGUAUUAUGUCCGAUGAAGCUUCUGUUCCAUACGUCAUUGGUCUUUUCACUAACGAGAAAUUUGGUGAAAGCAUAAAGGCGGAGUUUCGGACGCUUCCGCCGGACAGCCAAGCCUUCGCAAACUUCCCUUCCUUUUCUGGCAACGGCACGUCUGUGAUGGCGACAUUUCAGGUCAACCGCCUCGGCUCUGGCUUCCCCCAGAAUUUCAAAAACAAGGAGCUUGUAGAGAAAUCAAGUGUGCCAAGGGAAGGGAAAAGGAGUGAAAAAAGGCCUUCCAAGGUCCCCGGGAAAUUAAACGGAGUUCCCGUCCGCGCCUAG